UGGGACCUUUCACAGUGAUGAAAACGAUUGAAAUUUUCUUACUUUAUUGAAUUUCCUUGUUUUUUCUCCUUCGAAUGGAAUGCCUUCGGAUGCAACCGGCAAGAACAAACCCACCCUUCGUUGCAUCUCUGAAGAAAAGAUUAAAAAACGUUUUCUUUUCCCCUUCCUUAUUUUGUUCGUCUCAAUACUCGUAGAGGAAAGGGAAAACCUUGAUUGCUUUCCUUUAUUCUUCUUUUACUAAAUCAAUAAAAUUUAUUCAGCUAAUUAAAUUAAAUAUAAUAUUACUGUGUGCCCAAUUUCCCUUCCCUCGCCCUUCGCCAUCUUCUUUCUGUAUCUUCUUCUCCUUCGCUGACCGCUUAGUGGAGCAUAGCUUUGUUAUGGCCGUCUAAACGAUUUCCCUCUUCAAUUGUAUAUUGGGGCAUCGUCAAAGGCGGUUCUGUUGUGGCACUUUCUCAGUCAAGUUCGGCUUGGGAUUCACGUUCGGUGCAAAAAAAGGGGAUAUCUUCGUGGCUUUUGGGAGGAGAGGAGAAGGGAGAAGGGUUUUAGUUAUGGAUACGAAGGAAGAGACAGGGAGCACACGUUGGGGUGCUUCACUUUUCCUCCAGACGACUGAAGAUGUUGCAAGAGCUGUGGCUGCUGCCGCUGCUGCUGCCGCAUCCGAGGCUCGCUCUCCUCGUCCUUCUGUUAUAUAUUCUUCAAAAGGCGACGAUACCAACAGUCCACUCCAGAGAUUGCAGCGUCAAGUUAAUAAAGUUCUUAAAGGCUUUUCUAGUCCUCCGCAAGUCAAAACUGCAGGAACCUACAAUCCUGAAGUUCUCACUACCCAGAAGCGUCAAUGGGCCAAUUUCCAGCUGCAGUACUUGGACCAUCGAUCUCAGAAGGAGCCGACUAGGAUUUUUGAGAGCAUGGUUGUUGUUGGGCUGCACCCUAAUUGUGACAUUCAAGCACUUCAAAGGCAGUAUGUUGCAAGGAAGUCUGAAGGUUCCGGGAGAGUGCGAACUGCUCUUAAUAAUAGUCAGAGUCAAUCUCGGGUGGAACCACAUCUUGAACCACAGGUCCUUUUUGUUUACCCUCCAGAGAAACAGUUACCGUGCAAGUACAAGGACCUUCUUUCAUUCUGCUUUCCAGGAGGUGUGGAGGUUCACGCUGUCGAAAAAACUCCUUCCAUGAGUGAGUUCAACGAGAUUCUUCUUGGGCAGGAACACUUCAAGCAAAGUGACCUCUCAUUUGUAUUCCGCUUACAGGUUGCUGAUGAUUCAACAUUGUACGGAUGCUGUGUUUUAGUUGAAGAAUUAGUGCAGAAACCAUCUGGGUUGCUUUCUGCUUCUGAGAAAGCACCUUCCUACUCAUCCUUGAGCCGUUACAUACUAACCACACGCAGAUGCUAUUGCAUUCUAUCUCGCUUGCCAUUCUUCGAAUUACAUUUUGGUGUGUUGAAUAGCAUCUUCACCGAAGAAAGGCUGCAAAGAUUAACAAAAGGUAUUGGUAUUUUGGAUUUGGAAUCCACAGAGAAUUUGAGCAAUGAAGAAGAUUUGGCGGAAGACAUCGGUUGCAUGACUUUUGAUCAGAGUGCAGCUGAAGACAGACACGAGGGAAAAGAGGAAUAUUCUCAAGGAAUAAUGAGUGAUGAAACUCAUCUUGAGCAUCAAAUGCACAAUGGAAAUUUUCAAUGUCUAAAAAAGGGCAUUAGUGAUGAUAUAGUUGUCACACUCGAUCGAGAACCAGAGGUCGUUACUGCCAAAACAGAAUCUGUUACUGUACAUAAGGAAAAUCAUGAUAUCGAUGUUGAUGAUUUUACAAGAAACAAUCAAGCGAUUGAUAGGCGUUUACCAAAUGCGGUUCUUCCUCUCCUCCGUUAUUAUCAAUAUGAAAGCUCUGAUUCGUCCUCAAGUUUUCAGGGGUCUCCGAGUGAAGACAGAAAUUUCAGGAGUGAUGCUGAUGACACAGAGACAGAGGAGGCAUCGUUUUCUGGCCAGGAUGAUUCCUCAGACCUACUUGAAAUUCUUGAGUGGGCCAAGGAAAAUAAGAAUGGAUCGUUACAAAUCAUAUGCGAGUAUUACCAGUUGUCUUACCCUGCUAGGGGCUGUUCUGUUAAGUUUCAUCCUUUGGAGCACCUGCAUUCCAUGGAGUAUUACAGAUCAGGCGAAACAGUUCUACAUGUUGCUGGCUCGACCAUUGAUCCAAGGUUAUGCAGUACAAGUCUUGAAUUAGCAGAGGCACACGGCGCUCUCAUGGUAGAGGAAGAAGCAAAUGCCUUGUCAGUAUGGACUGUUGCAAGCAUGUGUGGUUCUUUACGCCUCGAGCAUAUUUUAUCAAUUUUAGCUGGAGUGCUGCUGGAGAAGCAGAUCGUGAUCGUUUGUUCCAAUCUGGGUAUCCUAUCUGCUUCAGUUUUAUCGAUUAUCCCUAUGAUUCGUCCCUACCAGUGGCAAAGCUUGCUGAUGCCAGUGUUACCAAAUGACAUGCUGGACUUUUUGGAUGCCCCUGUUCCUUACAUUGUCGGUGUGAAAAAUAAAACCAGUGAAGUACAGUCGAAGCUGACCAAUGCCAUUUUGGUUGAUGUGAACAAGAACCAGGUCAAGGCCCCAACAAUACCUCAGCUGCCAAAACAAAAGGAGUUAUUCUCAUCGUUAAGACCGUAUCACGCGGAUCUAGUUGGAGAAAGUUAUUUAGGGAGAAAGAGGCCAGUGCUUGAAUGCACUGAUGUGCAGGUUGAAGCCGCCAGGGGUUUCCUAAAAGUGCUAAGAUUAUACUUGGACUCUCUCUGCGCUAACCUCCGUUCACAUACGAUUACUAACGUACAAUCGAAUGACGAUAAGGUUUCAUUACUGUUGAAGGAGAGCUUCAUUGAGUCGUUCCCAAGCCGUGAUCGGCCAUUUUUGAAGCUUUUUGUGGACACACAGUUGUUCUCUGUGCAUACCGAUCUCGUUCUCUCGUUCUUCCAGAAGGAAUGAUCCCCGCUACCACAUGAACUGAUGAACGCAAGUUCAAUGAUGUAUAAUUUAUAUACUACAAAUGAUUCAUUUUCUUCUCCUUUUUAAUCCAUAAGUUCCAAUUUUCUAGGCAGGAAAUGUCUCCACCUCAUACUCUCCGGUUUCUUCGUUUCCUAGACAUUUCUACGACAUUGGAUGUUUGUAGUAGUUUUAGCAUUUUAAGAAACGUAGAUGAAAGUGGACUGUAUUUCAUAGACAAUAAAAUGAUAGGGAAAGAGCAAAGCAUGAUAUUUAUUA